CAAUACUGAAACUCAUGUAUGAAAAAUACUGUAGCAAAAAAUUCUAAAUAAUGGAAGAAACCAAGAACAUAGCAACGUGUAAUAGAUGCCAAGAUAAAUUCAAUAGAAAGAAAUUACUAAACGGUCCGGAUUCGACUCUAUUGUGCCCGAAUUGCUUGCGAGACCUCUACAGCUCAGGAGACGCUAAAUCGAAAUUUAAAAAUUCAUCAUCCGAUCUACAAGAGAAACUCAUCCCUUACCCGGAAAUAUUCUCCUAUCACAGGAAGCAGGAAAAUUUGUGGAAAUUCGGGAACUCCAGCACCACAUCACUCUCAAAACGGCCCCUUCAGUGCCCGAAGGCCGAUUGCAACAAAUUCAUCUCGCUGUUCACCCUCGAAUCGCAUUUCAAAUACGAGCACAAGGAAGUGCCGGUGGUAUUCGCGCAAUUGGACGCCCGCAGCGCCCUGGAAUUCUCUCCCAGGGACGUCAGAUACAACGUGACGCAAUGCAUUGUUCUAUUGAACGUUAUCAACCACGAUUUUUCCAACAUCUUUCCCAGAAGCAGCACUCAAACGGUGGAUUCUAAACCUGUGAUGGUGUUAUUGGCGACGAGAAUAGCCAAUUGCCAUUUGAAUCAAUACAGCGAUGAAUCGAUUUACAAUAAAUCGAAUAUCGACAUACAAAGAGAAGAUUAUGAUGAUGAUGGCGAUGAAGACGAAGUGAAUUCGAGUCAUACAUACGUCGAAAACAGCUCUUUAUUAAGGCCCGAAGACAAAAUCAUCAUAUGGCUGGCGUCGAACGUUUACACGAAUCUGAGCUACACGGUGGCGGCGUCGACUUUGUCGAAUAAAAUUCGCCAGAAAUACUUCGGGCCGAUGUCGACGUUGGGCGGCAGCCCGUUGGAGCUGUGCAAGAACGGCAAGUGCCUGAUUUUGAGCCAUUACCACGUGAACGGUAUGACGGAGAACGGCAGGAAACCCUUAGCUUUGGACGUUGUCGUUCACAGUCCCGAUUAAUCGUAUACAAUUUUCUAUUAUAUUACAUUUUUUACAAUUUUAA